AUGAGCCAGAUCCUGACUCCGCGGCAAGCAGAGGAGCUUCAUAAGGCUUUGAUAGCAUACCUCUCCUCCGCCAAUCUCCCAUCCACAGCAGCAGCCCUCCGUGAAGAGCUCAGCAUAGGGGACAGUUUUGACGACGCAACACGGAAGAAAUAUGAGGGCAUACUCGAGAAGAAGUGGACUAGUGUGGUGCGGUUGCAGAAAAGGAUAAUGGAGCUCGAAGCCCGCAACAACAGCCUCCAAGCCGACCUCGACUCUGCGACCCCCACAUCACUCCUUCGAAGGAACCAAGACCCUGCCAGUUGGCUCCCUCGAUCUCCCGCUCGUCAUACGCUUCAGUCGCAUCGCCAGCCCAUUACCUGCGUAGCAUUUCAUCCCAUAUUUUCCUCCCUUGCUUCCGGCUCCGAAGACACCACAAUAAAGAUCUGGGACUGGGAACUCGGUGAGCUCGAGCGAACUGUAAAAGGCCACACAAAAGGCGUAUUAGACGUGGAUUUUGGCGGACCACGAGGCGGCACUCUCCUUGCCUCUUGUUCUAGCGACCUCACAAUCAAGCUAUGGGACCCCUCAGAUGACUACAAGAAUAUCCGCACUCUUCCCGGCCACGAUCACUCAGUCUCCGCCAUUCGAUUCAUUCCCAGCGGAGCUGCCGGCGCCCCCUCCUCCGGCAACCUCCUUGUUUCUGCCUCGCGAGACAAGUCUCUUCGGAUAUGGGACGUCACCACAGGAUAUUGCGUUAAAACAAUUCGUGGCCAUGCCGACUGGGUCCGCGACGUAACGCCUUCCUUCGACGGUCGCUGGCUCGUCUCUGCCGGCAAUGACCAGACUGCUCGCCUAUGGGAUGCUGCCUCGGGCGAUGCUAAAUGCGUCUUCCUUGGCCAUGAGCAUGUCGUCGAGUGUGUGGCCCUCGCUCCCCCGCGAUCGUACCCUCAUCUCGCCGCUUUAGCGGGUCUCAAGAAUCCUCCUCCAGCUUCAAGCUCCGCUGAAUUCGUGGCGACCGGCUCAAGAGACAAAACUAUCAAGCUAUGGGAUGGCCGCGGUACGCUGAUAAAGACCCUCAUCGGCCACGACAACUGGAUACGCGCCCUCGUGUUUCACCCGGGCGGGAAGUACCUCCUCAGCGCCAGUGACGACAAAACCAUUCGUUGCUGGGACCUUACCCAAGAAGGACGGUGCGUGAAGACGGUCGAGGAUGCGCACGGGCACUUUGUGAGCUGCAUCCGCUGGGCACCGAGUGUGGUCAAAGACGCGCCUGUAAAUGGCGAUACAAAUGGGCAUGGCGCCGUGAAUGGAUCGACGAAGAAGGAAGACCCGGCUGGCAAGUUGAACAUCCGGUGCGUGAUUGCGACAGGGAGCGUGGAUUUAAAUGUGCGUGUGUUUGCGUCGUGAGAUUGGGGACAAGUACCGGACAGAUCAAUAUCUCGGCGAAAAGGUGCCUGGGUGCUUUUAGAUGGGUGGGUUCAUCAGCUUUCGAUACCCGUGCGUGGCUUUGCGUUUGUUCUCUAUAUGGCGACUGAAUCUACUUGGAGUUCUCCUUUUCAGAGCAUAGUAUAGCAUACCCACUCGGCGUCUGGGACAGGGACACGACGCCAUGACUACACGACGGAUCGCCAGUAGCUGGGAUGCGUACAAGGUAGACAUCAAAAUACAAGGUGCACACUUCAGUCCUAGCUGUUGCGAGUGCGCGGGAUGUACAACUUAAAUUAGGCACCCAAGUCAAUGUGAAACUCGAU